AUGGAGGGGGAAGUCUUUCAACAUUUCCCUUUGAUAAAGAAACUAAAGGAGCAAUUUGCACAUCUCUACAUUGUCAUCACGCUUCCAACCAGGGAGCAAAAUGAUUCUUUUGUGCGCUCUUACUUCAAGCUUGGAAUGGAGCUUGGAAGGCCUACAUUUGUGCCAGUUCAAGACAUAGAGAUGGGCUUUGAGAAGAUCGUGAAGAUAGCUCAUGCCCGUGGGGUAUGUAAGAGGCAGGAUGUGAUAUCCAAAUUGAGGGCUGAGAGGAAGAAAUCAGUGCAAGGAAUGGACGUAUUCCUAAGAGUAAUCACUUCCAUACCUGGAAUUGAUAACCAUGAUGCAAAUUCGCUUAAUCAAGCCAUUGGUUCGAUCAAAGCAAUUGCCAAAGCAUCAAAGGAUUAUAUUUUGGAGAACACAGACCUUUCAUCUGACAAGGCGGAGACGAUUACAAGGUUUUUCAGAGAUCCAAAGUUUUAUCUCAGUCCAAAAAUCAAUUGAUAGGAGAAAGAACAAGGCAGAUGAGAAUUCAAAUGAGUAAUGACAGUCUU